AUGAUUUUUGAGCCGAGUUGUUACGUGUGCUCAACUUGUCGUCAAAGCUUCACGUCGGCGUGGCUCCUGAUCCAGCACGUGCAGCACGCACACGGUCUGAAUAUUUACGUGCAGGACGCCGGCGACCCCCGCCCGAGCCAAGCUGAAAAGCAACUCGAACAGCCGGGUGGGUUCGCGGCGCCGGACCGGGACGCCCUUGCUCCGCUCCACUUCCCGAGUGGCCUGUCGCAAGGCGUCCUCGCCGACCCGAACCACCCUUUUAACCUGAUGCGACUCCCAUUGAGCGAACGACAAUUCGGUCCGUUCCUGCCGACUGGAUUCCCGAAACCCCCGGAUCCGCGACCACCGACGCCGCUCAGCAACGGCGACUCGCAGGACUUUUACUCGCAGCGUCUGCGUCAGCUCGCGGGCGGCACAUCGCCGCCUCCAUCUCAGCAGCAGCAGCAUCAUGCACCGUCGCUGCCGCUGCCGCCGCCACCACCUCCGCCUCCGGCGCCUCAAACGCUUGCUCGCGCCCGCCCAGCCUCGAAUCCCGAUUGUAAGUCGCCCAAGUCGGGAAACGAGGAGCACUCGGAGUCGAAGCCGGUGUCUCCGAGUAGCAAGUCGUUGUAUAACGUGUCCUCUGGUUCCGGCGAAUCCCCCAAACCCGAAAGCUGCGACGUGUGCGACAAAGCCCUGCGGUCCAAGCAUCACUUGCUCCAGCAUCAAAAGACGCACGUGGAGCACGAAGACGGCAUGAAGUGCACCAUGUGUCCCUUCACGUGUCGACAGCCCGACCAUCUCCGCAACCACAUCACGCUCCACAUCCAAGUGCAGCAAGACGUCGUGCGGCGCCACGCGUCCGAAGACAACUCCAUGGACAGCGAGUUCACGGCCGACGACGGCGACGGCGACACCGAGACCAUCGACGACAACGACGACGACAAUGUGGAAAUCGACGACGACGGUCUCGACGACGACAUGGACGAAGACGACGACGAGGAAGACGACGAUGAACAGGACAACAACACCGAGGAAGAGAACGAGGAGAAGGCGGAAGACCUGAGUUGCAAGGCCGUCGGCGGCCCGUCGCCGUUCUCCAACUCGCCCGCCACGUUGGUCGGCGAAGUCAUGGACAAGUUCGGUCUGAGUCAAAUCGACCAGUACAGCGAGGCCUACAAGCAGGCGCUGAAGGAGUCCAGGAUCGGAGUGCCGCCCACGAGUCUGCUCCAGGGCAUCCUGUCGCCCACCAAUGCCCUCCUGAACCACCACCACCACCACCACCAAGAGCUGAGUCUCAACUCCAACUCGUCCAAGCAGCACCAGGACUUCAACAUCCGCCAGGGCUCCAGUUCUCCUCCGACGCUCAAGAAAGAACUCAUGGACUUGGAGAGCAGCAAGCUCAAGAGUCGACUGGAUCAAAUCCCCAAGAGCAUGUUGGCCGGCCUGGACAUGGCCGCCUCGGGCUUCAUGUCCAGUCUCUUCGGCCCGAAGCGCGGCGGCGGCGUCGACGACGACAAGAACCGGAUGCCCGGCGGACUGCCUCCGGGAUGCCGCCCCGGUGAACAAGAGAACCUCUACGCCGGGCUCUGGAUCCCCGGAGUGGGCAGUCCUCGUGGAACCCCGCCUGGGUUCCCCAUGGGCCUCGCAUCGGGCUUUCCGCCGGGGUUCCAGCCGCCUCUCCCGUCGCCCACCGGCGGCAAUGGGUGCUCUUUCGCCGGAAAACUACCCGGGAUGGGCGUCGGGAUGCUGCCAGGAUUAGGCUCCCAGCCGCCUUCCACAUCGAGUCCCGGCAAGACCAGCGGCGGCGGGUCUUCCGCCGUCGGGUCCUGGCGACCCAUGCCUCAUUCCCAAAGCGGCGGCGGCGGGCCCGGCGCCGUGUCGCUGCACAGCAGAAUGGGUCGUCCUAGCCCCACGACUUCGUUGCAGAGCGGAACACUGACGUCGACGGCCACGCCGAUCCCGCGCAAAGACCGCGGACGGAACGACACCUGCGAGUACUGCGGCAAGGUGUUCAAGAACUGCUCAAACCUCACGGUCCAUCGUCGUUCGCACACGGGCGAGAAGCCGUACAAGUGCGAGUUGUGCUCUUAUGCCUGCGCACAGAGCUCCAAGCUCACGCGCCAUAUGAAGACGCACGGCCGCCUCGGCAAGGACGUGUACCGCUGCCGGUUCUGCUACAUGCCCUUCUCCGUGGCGUCCACGCUCGAGAAGCACAUGCGCAAAUGCGUCACGAACCAGAACAAGAAGUUCAAGUCGGUCCAGCGACACCACGCAGUGUCGCGUCCCUCGCCGACGACGGCGUCCCAACAGCCUCCGCAUCCGCCGCCACCCGGGGCCCUCAUGCAAGACUUCAAGGGCCUGUUGCCCGGGGCGCCGGGACUCGGAGACCCCCUCGCUGCCGCCGCCGCGGGUCUCAUCUCCCCGUCGCUGUUCUCGCCGCCGUUUCUCGGCGGGACGCCGACGACCGGGGGCCUGGGCUCGCCGUUCCAGCUCACGUCGUCCGCGUCCAUGGUGCCGUUGUUGAUGGACAAACGGCCGUCUCCGAGCGGCGUGGUGGCGGCGGACAAGUUGCUGCCUCUGCCCCAGCUGAAUCCUAUCGGGGCAGCCCAGAACCCGCUCAACGGGCCUCUCGUCGACGAGGACACCAGGAAGUCGUCCGAGGAAAGCGACGUCGGCGAGGACACGUCCGAGUCCCUGGACCCCGUGGACGUCGACGUCGGGGACAAGCAGCAGCAGCAGGAGCCCGCCGUGACCGGGUUGCCUGCGGACUCGUUCGGGUCCCCGCACAAGGGUCUGGGUUCGUCCCCGCAGCUCCAAGAGCCGCUCAGCGCCUCAUGACUGCCUGCGACGGGUUUUGUGGGCAAGCCGGGCAGUGGGUUGAGCUGGACUCAGCCGCUGAACGGCCUGCACGCGAGCCUUGCCAAACCAGCGCUGUCGUUGUUCCCGCGGCCAUUUCCGUGGUGGCUCGGGGGCGGCGGCUGUGGCAAUAACUACAACAACAACAGCAACAACAACAACCACGUAGACGAUGACGACGACGACGACAGCAGCCUUCCUACUUUCAUGUCGUGAGCGCGAAAUACCGAACGUGUCCUCCUAUACUUUCACCACCGAAAACCGACCGCGAGCGAACAUCGUGUGAGAUGCUGUAGAACCGAACGAAACCUCCGCAACGUCCGGAAACAGUCAGUUGCUUGGAAGCCGGAAUGAUCGCCACGGCCGUCUUUGUGUUUUUUUCCACGUUUCCGGCAGAGGAACGUUGGCCAGGCUGUUGAGGGAGGAGUUUUCUAAUUUUCUAGUUUGAAAGAAAGGUUUCACAUCAGAAGCAAUAACGCGCUUGGGGUUCUCGAUUAUAGCUUUCUGGCGGAGAAUUUCCCCCCCGCGAGCCGUCUCUUGAUUUCCAAAAUCGGGGAAAAUCUAUACGUUUCGCGAAAGUGUCAUGGUCGCUGGCGAGGGGUGGGAAAAGCGGUUUUUUUCCUUUUGUUUCUCUCUUCGAACAUUCCUAGAGUUCUUGGAGGCGAGUAGUUGCGUUGCACACAAAUCGUCAUUGAGUAAUUCCUCGAGUGUCCAGAGUUGUAAAUUCCUUGACGUUGUCCACGCAUAUCAGCCGCGGUCAGCUGCCCGAAUGCGUUCGAAACCCUGUCGCAGAGCUGAACGCAGAGCCGGCAUUAUAGAGUUGCUUUCGAUGUAAAUAAAAUUCCCUGUUUUUUUUUUUGUGGAGCGGGAAACAUUUUAUUCAACCCAGCUGAAAAAGUUGGAAGGAUAUAAAUGGUGCUAGAGGACCCCGGACAUGGUUGAAGAAAUUCUUGUUGAAUCGCAGCUAGGGGUUCUGUGUGAAUUUUCGUUGGGGCCUUUCCAUUUUUUUUUCUUCGUUUGUGAAGAAAUCGUGCUCUCGGUCGAGGAUGGGUGUCCAGGCAGCGCGUGCUUCCUUGGCGUCAUUUGAGAAAAGGGGUUUUUGAGGAUGCAAGUGGUGAUGUUCUUUUUUAUGAUGCCACUUUCUUCUCCUUUUGUCCCUCGGAGCUGCUGCACAUCCGAUCGAGAACUUCAUAGUAACUCGGUGUGUCGAGGUUUGUUUUGUUUUGAUUUUGUUUUCGUUCGACUCGUCGUUUUCCAGGUGUAUCUGAUAUUGCGGUGAUGUGCUCUUGGUCAAGUCGGGUUAUCGUGGAUGCGCGGCGAAGGCGAAGAGCAGCGAAAUUUGAUUUGUUAAAAUAGUGCUGUUAUCUUAUUGGCUUUGUUUUUGUUGGAAUCAAUCCUCGUGUGAGCUUGGCCUGUCAAUGAGAGCAUUUUUUAAAUCGAGGGUUUCCCGAGCAAUUGAGAAAAGGAAACCCGUUGAAGCAAGAUGGACGACGUAUUUUGGGAGAAUACGCUCUUAUACGAGCAUUCGGAACUGGGGAAACAAUUGCUCCUCUAUUUUUGCAUACGCUAUGCAGUCAAACAUUCAAUCUGGCGAUCUCUUUGUUCAUUCAAAAAUCUAGACGAGAAAUGAUAUUGGGUAUAGGUUUUUCGAGCAUUAACUGAUCUUAGUUGUGAUUGUUGGCUGGGACAAGUGUUUUCAUUCUCUCAGAAAUCUAGAUUUAUACAAAGGAAUGAACUGAGAACAUUCAAUAGAGCAGGCUGCCCGACGCCGAUAAAUUUUCUGGAUCAUUGCGAAGGAUAGCCAGGAGAUUCGUGUCUCUUGUGUGAUCUUUCCCUGCGGCGGUCGCCGACUCGUCUGGUGUGGAGCAUUUUGUCCUCUUUGUGCCGUUGAUUGUUGCCAUUGAUUGUUAUGACAAUGUAAUGCUCGUGGGCGUUGAAUAUUCCUCUCCUUUUCCUUGUCUCUCCCUGUCCGUGUUGAGCAUGUAUGACGAGGGCAUGUGGCAAUUGACAGAAGUAGGACGAAGUCAGAAAAAAAACCCCUCGAUCCCCGUGUUAAGUGUUGGGAGAGUGGGAAACGUUGUCCUGCUUACAUUUUUAUGGGUGCUUUUGGUUUGCCGCAGUUUCUCGGUUCUUUAUUUUAUUUGUUUUCCUCAUCGCGACGAGGCGUCCUGGUUCUUGAAGUCGUGUCCUGUGUUGAGCAGUGGAUUGUGAGUGGCAAGCAGAUUUGACGCGGAUUUUCUUUGAUCCAAAUCUUUUGUGUUCACCCCUUUUUUUCGGAUGUGCUUGUUUCUGUGUUUUCCCGCGCACCGACGUCCACUUCUAUGCAACCUUCCCCAACCCCCAAAGUUACCUGCUCAAUUUCACACGGAUUUGCAUCACGACCUCCGCGUAUGUAGUCAUGGAGUGUAACGCUUUCUUCUGGUCAUGGUG